AGUCGUUCAUUUAAUCUUUAUAACCUAAUCUAAUCCCCAAAUUAGGGUUUCACUGCCGCGAAAACAGAACAGGGACUCACUCUCUUCGCAGCGGCACUCUCGGUGGCUUUCAUCUUCUUGGGGUGAGUUGUCAAGAUGUACACAUCGAGGAAGAAAAUUCACAAGGAUAAGGAUGCUGAGCCAACUGAAUUUGAGGAAUCAGUUGGACAGGCAUUGUUUGAUCUAGAAAAUACCAACAAUGAGCUGAAAAGUGAUCUGAAAGAUUUAUACAUAAACUCAGCUGUCCAAAUUGAUGUUUCUGGCAACCGAAAGGCUGUGGUUAUCCAUGUCCCCUACAGACUAAGGAAAGGAUUCCGGAAGAUUCAUGUCAGGCUUGUGAGAGAACUUGAGAAAAAGUUUAGUGGAAAAGAUGUAAUCUUGAUUGCCACCAGGAGGAUAGUAAGGCCACCAAAGAAAGGUUCUGCUGUUCAGCGCCCCCGCACCAGAACACUCACUGCUGUACAUGAGGCAAUGCUGGAAGAUAUUGUAUUGCCUGCUGAGAUUGUUGGAAAGCGUGUUAGGUAUAAAAUUGAUGGUUCCAAGAUUAUGAAGGUCUUUUUGGACCCCAAGGAGCGAAACAAUACCGAGUACAAGUUGGAGACUUUUGCUGCAGUAUACAGGAAACUUUCAGGCAAAGAUGUCGUGUUUGAGUAUCCUACUACCGAGGCUUAGGUUCUAUUUGUUAGCUUUGAAUUUCUUCCUGAAUUACAUAUGGUGGAUGCUGGUUUUGUUAAGUUGGCUUUAAUUCUGGAUUUUCUUUAGUUACUUAUAGAAAAUACUGUGUCCUGGUUUAUCAAUGUAGAAUUUGAUAUAUUUUCUUGUAACAUCCUAUGAAUCCGUAUUUUUAAGAUUUUAACAUCCUAUGAAUCCGUAUUUUUAAGAUUU